GCGCUGCAUAGAGUCAGCGGACAGCUCUGUGGUGGUGAAAGAACACGUUACUCACACUUCAAACACUGACAAAGAAGACAAUCCGCAAUGGAGAGAGUCUCAUGGACACUUUUUCUACUUUCUCUUACAUAUUUGGAGGGAUCUUCGCAAGAUUUCGGACAGACACAGUUCAUCUGCACGUCCGUGCCUAAGGAUAUGGACCUGUGCGCAGCCACCAUGCAGAAUAGCGGGCCAGCGGAGGAUCUGAAGACCACAGUAAUGCAGUUAAGAGAGACAGUGCUGCAGCAGAAGGAAACUAUCAUGAAUCAAAAGGAGACGAUCAGGGAACUAACUUCCAAGUUGAGCCGCUGUGAGAGUCAGAGUGUUCUGGAGCCCGUGACUGGAGGUCGUAGGAAAGAACAAAUCAAAAACACGAUGGGAGACGUGUCCCGCGGCCCGACAGAUACUCUAACGCAACUCGGGCAGACUUUAGCCACCCUUAAACAGAGAUUAGAAAACUUAGAGCAGUACAGCAGAAACAAUGGUUCUGUCCAGGCGAACAGCCUUAAAGAUCUGCUUCAAAAUAAGAUCGAUGAUAUGGAGAAGCAGGUGCUGUCCCGGGUCAAUACUGUGGAGGAGAGCAAAUCCGGGCAGAGAAACGACACGGAUCAGCGCAAUCGAGUGGAGUCAACUCUCACCUCCUUACAUCAGAGAAUUAACGACCUAGAAAAAGGUUCAAAAGGUAACAGACCACUGGACAAGUUUCAGAUAACGUUCCCCUUAAGAACAAAUUACAUGUAUGCCAAAGUGAAAAAAAGUCUACCAGAAAUGUAUGCCUUCUCUUUCUGCUUGUGGAUAAAGUCCAACGCAUCACCCGGGGUAGGAACACCUUUCUCCUAUGCUGUUCCUGGACAAGCCAAUGAGCUUGUUCUCAUAGAAUGGGGGAACAAUCCAAUGGAGAUUCUCAUAAAUGAUAAGGUUGCAAAAUUACCUUUCAUUAUCAACGAUGGUAAAUGGCAUCACAUCUGCAUAACAUGGACGACUCGUGAUGGAGUAUGGGAAGCUUUUCAGGAUGGUGUUCUGCGUGGAACUGGAGAAAAUCUGGCACCUUACCACCCAAUCAAACCCAACGGUGUGCUGGUCUUAGGUCAGGAGCAGGACACACUUGGUGGAGGUUUCGAUGCAACCCAAGCCUUUGUAGGUGAACUGGCGAACUUCAAUAUAUGGGAUAGAAAAUUGACAGCUGGUGAAAUUUACAACCUGGCAACCUGCAACAACAAAGCGCAAGCUGGCAAUGUGUUGUCAUGGUCAGAGAGUAAUAUCGAUGUGUUUGGUGGAGCCACAAAAUGGACUUUUGAGCCCUGCCGUCAGCUCAACUGAACUGUAAUGGGGCCAGAUCCAUGUUUCCAAUUUUUGUCUGUCCUUGUCCUUCAAUUAUUUUUUAUUUAUUUUUUGUUCUUGAUAAAAUGAUUCAAAUAUAAGCAUUUAGUUUUUAAUAUUUAGGUUUUUUUAUGAAUACCUAAAUAUUUCUGUGCAAAACUAGAAUAAUUGUAUUUUUUGUCUUGAUAAAAUAGUUUCCUGUUUGUUGUCUUGCAAACUUCAAAGUGACAGUGUUACUCCAGGUUACUUUUAGCAUUACAAUAUUUUUUGCCGCUUUUUUUUUUCUUUUGCAAGUGGAAACAGUUAGCUUCACCCCCAUGACCCCCCCCCCCCCCCCCCCCCAAACACACACACACAUAUCUAUUUGAAGGGGCCAACAACUGAAGAACUGUCUCUUUGCAGCAUUUUGGGCAGUAAAGCAACAGUGGAUCAGAAUAUUAUGUUUUUUUCCCCCAAUGAACACACUUUGCUGAUAACCCAAUCAUAAAUCGUCACCAUUUUAAAUGAUCUUGCACUGUGAUGGACUUAAAAAUAAGGAUGGGAGAAAAGUAUUUAUUUAUUUGGAAAAAUAUUGUUUAAAAGGUUUGCCAACAUGCUUACAGCCUGAGUGCCUUGAGCUGAUGUAUCAGUUCAGCACAAACUUUUAGUUUGCUUACUCAUUGUGUUAUGCAAUAACUUUUUGAUUUUAUUGAAGAAUUAUUGUUUUUAUGAAAUGUGUUCAACAGCUAUUGUUAAGGCUCUGGUGUGAUUUGGCUCUGUUCUAGGAAUGUAAUUCAUACAGUAACAGCAUGAAUGAUCAAAUGCUGCAACAUCAAUCUGCUUCUCCUAUUGUUUUGGGUUGGGUUUUUUACUGUAUUAAUAUAUGCUAAAAGCAUGGCACUAAUGAAGAUGAUAAAGAUCUAAUUUUUGUAAUAAAAUUGUGAUAUAUUAUAUGAA